CUCAAGUAUUUUGUUACAAAAACAGAAAAUGGGCAAACUCUUCUUUAACAAAACAAUCUCAGAAUCUGCUUUAUAACACCCUUUAAGAGAUUCAGGAAAACAUGUGCUCAGUUUAGUAGAUUAAAACAGUGAAGAGGUCUAGCCCUUGCUUUGCAGAAUUUCCUUUGGUUGGAAAUCAAUUCAAUGCUGAACUUGAGGACAUUGACUGUCUUUCCCGAUUAGCAGAUACAUUUCCCAGAAACAUAUCAGUAACUUCCAAACAGUCCCAGCUGGCUGCAGCAAGAGUCUGUGUAACUGACAAAAUGCAUCUGGCUUCAAGGCACAGAUCAAGUACAGAGGCAGGCGUUCUAUGUCCCUGGAGAAUCCAGCUGGGGUAGUGGAUCCAGCCGAGUCUCAGGACUGCUGGCUAUAUAAAUGAGUAGAAAAAGAGUCCAGAGCAGGAGAGGCUGUGGGGGAGACAAAAGCCUAUCUGUCUUUACAGAUGAAAUUUUCUUGUUCUUGUCUGCCCUGAGUGCUUCCCAAGCAUGAAGGCAAUAAGCUUAUUCUUUUUGGUGGGAUUUAUGGCAGAGUUUCAAAUCUUCCUAAGAGCCUCUUCUCCAGUGAACUGUCAGUGGGACUCCUAUGGUCCUUGGACGGAAUGCAAUGGCUGUACCAGGACACAGACUCGAAGGCGUUUGAUUGCUGUUUAUGGGCAGUAUGGAGGCCACCCAUGUGUGGGAAGUGCUUUCCAAACACAAUCCUGCAAUCCUGAACUAGGUUGUCCAACUGAGGAGGGCUGUGGAGAACGUUUUAGGUGUUUCUCAGGCCAGUGCAUCAGCAGAUCCUUGGUUUGCAAUGGGGAUUCUGACUGUGAAGAAGAUAGUGCUGAUGAAGACAGAUGUGAGGAUGCAGAAAGCAGACCUUCCUGUGACAUUGAUAAACCUCCUCCCAACAUAGAACUUACUGGCAAUGGUUACAAUGCACUCACAGGGCAGUUCAGGAACAGAGUCCUCAACACCAAAAGUUUUGGUGGUCAGUGCCGGAAAGUGUUCAGUGGGGAUGGAAAAGACUUCUACAGACUGAGUGGAAAUAUCCUGUCUUAUACAUUUCAGGUCAAAAUAAAUAAUGAUUUUGACUAUGAGUUUUACAACAGCAGUUGGUCUUAUAUAAAGCACACAUCCAGAGAACACAAAUCAUCUUCGUCAAGCAGAAUCUUAUUUUUCUCUUCCUCAUCUGAUCACAACAGUCAUAAUUCAAAGACCAAGGAAAUCUACAUGAAAAAGAGUUAUAAGUUGCUGGUUGUUCGGAACAGCGUAGAAGUGGCCCAGUUCAUUAACAAUAAUCCUGAAUUUUUACAACUUGCCGAACCAUUCUGGAAGGAACUCUCCCAUCUUCCCACUCUAUAUGACUACAGUGCCUACCGACGGUUAAUUGACCAGUAUGGGACACACUAUCUGCAGUCCGGAGCCUUAGGAGGAGAAUACAAAGUUCUAUUUUAUGUGGACUCAGGAUAUAGCAAACACAGUGGUUUUGGAUCAAACAAGGGGAAGGGAUGUUCUUCUUCAGAUUUACAGUCAUUUUUUGUGGCCACAUCAGAUAAGAGAUGCAAGGAACUGGAUGAAGCUUUCAAAUCAGCUUCAGGAAGCCAGAGCAGGAAGCUUCAAGGAGAACCGUUUGUCAGAGGUGGAGGUCCUGGCUUUGUAUCUGACCUUAGCUUCCUGGAGCUGGAUAAUCCUGCUGGAAACAAACAGCGGUAUUCUUCCUGGGCUGAAUCUGUAACCCAUCUUCCCCAAGUCAUAAAACAAAAGCUGAUGCCAUUGUAUGAGCUGGUCAAGGAAGUGCCCUGUGCCUCUGUGAAAAGACUGUACCUGAAGCGAGCUCUCGAGGAAUACCUGGAUGAAUUCGACCCUUGCCAUUGCCAGCCUUGCCAGAACGGUGGCCUCGCUAUUGUUGUGGGGACAGAGUGUCAGUGUCACUGCAAACCAUACACAUUUGGUAUGGCUUGUGAGCAAGGAGUCCUUGUCGGCAAUCAAGCAGGAGGGGUUGAUGGAGGUUGGAGUUGUUGGUCUUCUUGGGGCCCCUGUGUUCAAGGAAAGAAAUCAAGGAGCCGAGAAUGCAAUAAUCCCCAGCCAAGUGCAGGUGGAAAGGCCUGUAUUGGAGAAACAACUGAAAGCCGGCAGUGUGAAGACCAGGACUUGGAGAACUUGAGAUUACUUGAGCCACAUUGCUUUCAUUUGUCUUUGGUUCCAAAAGGAUUCUGCCCACCACCCCCUGCCUUAAAAGAUGGAUUUGUUCAAGAUGAAGGUACCAUGUUUCCUGUUGGGAAAAACAUCGUAUAUGCUUGCAAUGAAGGGUAUUUCCUUAUUGGAGAUCCUGUUGCCAGAUGUGGAGAAGAGUUACAGUGGCUUGUUGGAGAAAUGCAUUGUCAGAAAAUUGCCUGUGCUCUACCUGUACUGAUGAAUGGCAUGCAGAGUCACCCCCAGAAACUCCUCUACAAGGUCGGUGAGAAGGUGACCCUCUCCUGUGCAGCUGGCAUGUCCUUAGAAGGUCCUUCAACAUUCCUUUGUGGCUCCAGCCUUAAAUGGAGCCCUGAGGUGAAAAACGCCCAGUGUGUGCAAAAAGACACCAGCACUCUCCCACCAGUAGCUCCUGCAUGCCAGCCCUGGGAGAAACUGCAGAACUCAAAAUGCGUCUGUAAAAUGCCCUAUGAGUGUGGAUCCUCCUUGGAUGUAUGUGCUCGAGAUGAGAGAAGCAAAAAGAUACUGUCUCUGACCAUCUGCAAGAUGCACGUUCUCCACUGUCAGGGAAGAAAUUAUACUCUUGUUGGCAAGGACAGCUGUACCCCACCUGCCUCAGCCGAGAAAGCUUGUGGUGUGUGUCCACCAUGGAGCAAAUGUGAUGCUCAGAACAGCAAAUGUGUCUGCAGAGAAGCAUCGGAAUGCCAGGAAGCAGGGUACAGCAUCUGUGUGGACGUGAAUGGCAAGGAGGAGACAAUGUCUGAGUGUGAGGCAGGCGUCUUAAGAUGCAGAGGGCAGAGCAUCUCCAUCACAGCCAUCAAACCCUGUGCUGAAGAAGCCCAGUAGGACCCAGGGAGCCCUGGUCCUCUUCAUCAGAAUCUAGUGGGCAAUGGAUGCUGAGUUAAUACAUCUGUAACUGGCUGGUACUUAGACUGCUUUCCCAGCAUGAAGGCACCAUCUUUUCUCCUUCCUCUCCAGUACACACUUCUCCCUUCUGUGUCCAGCCACCUGUGCACACAAACCCUUUGUUUUUCCCAAACCACAGUCCAGGUGUUUUUUCCUUUACAAGUGGAAGUGUGAAGAACACUCAUGAACCAUAGCACGAGCUAUUUGUGAAGUUUUGGAAAAACGUGUUGGGCUUUGACUUUUUUGUUUGUCAAAUUACAGGAUGGGACUAGAGACACCUGUGUGCCCCAUUCAUCCCUGUGAUUCUGUUAAGUAUGAUUGACCUUCUCCAGGGGCCAGUGGACCUCCUACAGAUUGAUUAGGAAGACAGAAAGAACAUAGCAUGAUUAGUGAAGUUGACUUUCCUCAGUGAAAUCUCUCUCUCUCUCUCUCUCUCUCUCACACACACACACACACACACACACACACACACACACACACACACACACACUCACACUCACACACAUAGGAAGAAACAGACAGAUGAAAUUAUCUCCAUCCUGAGUGGGAAUGUCAUGCUUUGCCCUACAAAGUCAACCCCACAUGUGGGAUCCUUAUUCUUGUCAGAAGAUUGAGCCACUUAAAUGUCAGAGCAGAACUCAUCAUGCUGUGGUCACGGGGCACCGUCUGCCUUCUUGUCUGAGAACAAAUUAUGAUUCAGUCUCUUGGGAGAUUUUCUUCAGUAUGUGUCAAGUACAAGCACCGAAAUCACUCUGUUUUUGAAGGAAGCAUCAGUUUAUGCUAGAGCUAUUGAGUGAUACAUUGUCGAGAAUAAUCUUCCCUAAUGUGGUUACUCCCCUAGAAUUUUCCGGAAGUACACAACUUGAAACAUUGGCAUUUGGUUUAUUUCUUAUUCAUGUUCCAUCAAGAAUAAACAAAAAUGCAGCUGUGGAAGGUGAAGUGUGUGGGCUUAAGUAGAAUUUAAAAUAUACACAAACACUAUCUGUAUUUUUUUGAGGCUGUAGAUACAUUUCAAACAAACUUUAAGUUGCUAAGAGUUAGAAAACUUAUCCAAAAUACUUUCUUUAGAUUUUUUUGAAGUGUAUAGUUCUUGAUAUGACCGAUCCAUAUUUAGCUUUUUAUACUAGAAUUUCACUUGAGGGUUGAUGCAGAUGUAAUAUAUGGAAGAUGCAUGGGGAUAGGUUUCAUUUAUUGAAAACAUCACAUUUAAGCUUAUUAACUGCUCUGGUGCCGUGGAUUUCGUUUUUCUGCUCUGGGUAUUGGGAUAGAUCUAACAAUGCUAGGGUUGACUGUUGAACCUUCUCAGAGAAGAGCUAGAUAAGAGACCAUUUAGAAGGAUUGAUCUCAGCAGCCUGCAGUCUUUCCCUUAUUUACUUGUCUAGUCUGGAGUUAAAUUUCAGCUACUUAUGAGCACUUCCCAUGUGAAAUUCCAAAUUCUCAAAUGCUUUAAAAUUUGAAACCUAAUGAUGACAUGACAGAAAAUUUCCACAGGUGGAAAAUUCCACCUCUGAUCUCAUAGUGACAGGUCACAAAGUGCUAAACAUGUUAUGUAAAAUGACUUUCAGGUUAUGUGAAAUAUGAAUGAAUUCUGUCUUCAGAUUUGGAUCCUAGUCUCCUGAGUAUCUCACCAUGUACAUUCAAAUAUUCUAAAAUCCCAAAAUACCCAGAAUUGAAAACUUUCCUGGUCAAAAUGUUUUGGGUGAGCACAUUUAGUGGCUAAGGUAUUUGAGAAAGACGUGCCACCUACAUCCUGGAGAACACACAAAGGACUGAUGAAUCACUGUGAAGGAUGGGAGGAGAGAAGAUGGUUGUCCAUAGACAUUUUGAGAUACUCUAUUUUGUCGCACCCUCCUCAACAGUUUUAUGCCUAUUGACAUUUCUUCAUGUCAGGCAGGGACAUUCACAGUUACCUACAAAGAGUAACAUAACCGGUCUUCAAGAAGAAAGUUAUUUUUGAUAAUGACUCAUUGAAGAUGUUUUGAAAAUUCAAAAAUAAGUUCUGUAAGCAGAAGUCUGCGAGGAAAGCAAGAACUGUUUAUAUCAUAAGUAAAUAAAAGACAUAAGGAAUGAA